AACAGCACCAGGCAACGACUCCAAUCCAAGAAGCCAAAUCUCUAAAUCCGUCUGAUUCCUCUCAUCGUCUCCGUUGCCCGUCGCUCCAAGCUCUAGGGCACUCUCAUCGUCUCCGACUAGCGACGCGUCUAUUACUAGUAAUACUAGCGUCUUUACAGUAGGUGAAGAAGUGAAAAUUGGAGAGAGAUUUCUACACUUCUCAUUUGCUGUAAACUUUUCCUCAUUUGCUCAUUGAAAAAACAAUACUGAGCAAGCUCGCCCGUUUAGCCAGCCAGUAUUGACAGCUCUACCCUACCUAGGAGUCCAUCACUCCCAAUAAAUUGCUCCAUUUUCAGCUUCCGCCAUUUCAAUCCGUGGUCAACAUUACUAUUGGUGGCACACAGAGGGGCUGGGAUCAUGAGUUCUCAUCAAUAUGCAGAGCUCCCUCAAGUAAAACCACUUGUAACAUUAAGUGGUACUGCAAAAGAAGGUGCCAUUGGACCGACCCUUGGUUUGAUUGACAUUGGUGAGAGCGAGUAUGCUUACCUCUUCCAAGUUUCCCUUCCUGGAGUAAGAGAUAAAGGUAAUUUAAAAUGCGAGAUACAGAGAGAUGGCAAAGUCCAGAUAGAAGGUGUGGUCUCAGAGUCUCAGCUUUUAAAGAACGCCUCUGAAGUUUAUCAAGUGAAUGUACAAGAGCUUUGCCCACCCGGACCAUUCACCGUAUCAUUCAGUUUGCCAGGAGCAGUGGAUCCCAGGCUAUGUUCUCUAACAUUCAGACAAGAUGGUAUUCUAGAAGUUGUCGUACUGAAGUUUGGAUUACCUCGUGUUUCAGCGGAAGGUUUGUCUGAAAAUUGGUCCAAUGGCUGGUUCCAACCUUCUUAACUGUAAUCAGUGUUUAGGUAUGUUUUCUUGAUUAUGGUCAUAGGACAAUUAAUUUAAAAACUGAUGAAGUGGUUGUCUUCUUUGUAGUGAAGAAUGCGAUAGAGUAAGGUACUAAGGUCAGACUCUCCAAGUCUAAGUUCCACCAUCGCUUCCUCUUCCUAUAUAUGUUACAUUGCUAUUUACCAGCCGAAUUAUGGAAAAUUGGAUUUUGUACCGCACCAUCCCAAAUUCCUUUGAUUUCGAUAUCCAUAUAUAGUUGUAUUUUUGGUGACUUAACA